UUUUGGAAUUUCUUUUUCUAAUUGGGAGCUCAAUAUGAAUCAGCCAAAGGUACAUAAUAUGGCUAUAGCAAGAACCAACGACUCAUCUUCUCGGUGUUCCAAACACACAAAUUCAUCAAAUAGUCGCUUAUUAGUAUACGAUGCCGCCCCCUUCAAACAAGACAAAGUACUCCUAGCUAAAAGAUCAGCCACAAUAGCUUCCUUUCUCGAAAUCAACCCUUACACAAACCUUUCAUCCUUAUUUAAAGAAAUACCGUCAGAACCCGGGGCCUUAGAACUCGUACUAAGAUUUUGCCACGGAUACAACGUCAAGAUGACGAGCGACAACAUCCUCCCUCUCAUCUGCCUCUCUCACUACCUCGAAAUGACCGAAGAACACAGCCCUGAUAACUUACUCAGCAAAGCCCUCUUUUUUUUACAAGACAAAAUCCUUCCUAGUUGGGAAAAGACUAUAAGAUCCCUUCACCAAGCAUCACCAGAUUCAUGUCCCACAAUAUUUCAGCAAGCUUCAGAUAAUGGCAUUCUGAAACUCUGUGCAGAAGCCCUUACAGCCUCUGCAUUAUCUGACCCUACUCUUUUGGGACACCCCAUCAUGAAUAAUAAUCACAGUAAUGCAACUACUAGGAGGAAGCUCUUUGCUGAUACUGCUGAUAAUUCUGAUACAUCUUUGGGUUCAUCAUCAUCAUCAUCAUUAUUUGAAGAUCUAACCUCAUUGUCAGUAAAACUGUAUGAACCAAUCAUCAAGAAAAUGGUACAAGAACAGGUACAGGAAGAAAGCAUCACAGGGUCUCUUUACCAGUACUUCAGAAAAAAUUCUACUGAUAGAGAAGCAAUCGAAGCUAUUCAGAGACUCUUGCCUGCUAGUAGUACUUGUUCCUACCCUUACACCCUGUUGUUUGAGAUGUAUGCCUCAGCAGUCUCCCACGGGGCGAGCACGGAAUGCAUAGCUUCUUUGGAAAACAGAAUUGGUACUUUAUUAUACCGCGCCACAGUUGAAGAUCUCCUUUCCUUAGACCUCGACAUUGAUAGCCUAAGGCAGAUAUUAAAGGGAUACUAUGCAAACUUCACUGACGCGCACCCUGCAGGGUUAGUUGCAGUAGCAGAACUCAUGGAAGGGUACUUGGUAGAGGUGGCGAACCAGAGGGAAAUCGACGUGAUGAGUUUCACAGAGUUGGCAGAAAUGGCAAGUUCAACAUCCAACGUAGGGAGUUACCGUUGCUCGGAUGGGAUUUACAGGGCAGUGGAUAUCUACUUAGAUAAGCACAAGGAGUUGAGUGAGUCAGAGAAAGAGGAGGUCUGUAAGAUUCUAGAUUUUCAGAAGAUGUCACCGGAGGCAUGUAAACACGCGGCCAUGAAUCACAGGUUGCCGUUGAGGGUGGUGGUGCAAGUUUGUUUUGUGUCUCAGUUUCAACUAAGGGAUAACAUCAGCAAAGCUGUAGUGGGGUAUUCUAGUAAUAGCAUAGUAAAAGAACUAGGAGGGCAUUCUAGUAAUAAUAGCAAAGUAAAAGGACUAGGAGGAGGGCCGCGGGGGAGCGGAGAGAUUAAAGUAGUGGAGGACGAGGAGUGGGACGACGAGAAGAAAGAGAUGAUUGCAGGGUGUCAUGAGAAGAACUGCUGUGAGAAGAAGAAUAAGAAGAGGGUUGGUUUGUGGAAGGGAAUGAAGAGGAAGUUUGGGUGUAUGGGAAGUAGGGAUUAUGAAACUUUGCAUGAUUGCAGCUGCCAAGCCACAAACAAGAAGAACAAAAAGGAGCCUUUUUAAGUCAUUUUUGCUUAGGUUAAUUUAUUAGUUUUCAUUUUUAUAUUUUUUAACUUUAUGGGAAGGUUAAUUUAUUUUUAGUUAAACUGACUUAUUAAUGUUGAACUAAUCUAGACCCUCUCUCUGAAAGGGUUGUAUGUUCUAGCGUAUAUACAGGAGAUGUUCUACAGUUCAAGAUCUAUUCAACGACCGUAGUCCAUGAAAGAAACCUUUAUUUGAUUCAAUUUAUCAUGUAUUUGUUAGAUAUAUAUUUCUCUUUUAGAUGUCGUAUACUCUUUAUUAAUGAAUUAAUCUCCCUUUCAAGCAAAAAAAGAUUAAUUUGGAUAAUG